GUGAUUGGCAACAAGUGGGACAUGUACCUUGAUCUGCUCCAAGCAGACUACAGUGAAGGUGACGCUCUGGAUGCUCUAGGUCUUGUGCGCUACUGUUGCCGGCGCAUGCUCAUGACUCACGUAGACCUGAUCGAGAAGCUGCUCAACUACAACA